AUGCCAGCCAUUGCAUUGGCCAUCGAAAACUUGGAUUUCGAGGUCGACUCGUGCCUAUUCAACGUGUCUGGAAAUUCUGCAACUGAGCCCUUAAUAAUACACAUGCCUCCAUUCCCCCAACCUGAUGGCUCGGCAUCCAAACUACCACCAUUUCUUCGAAACCGACCAGUUGCCAGUAUAAAUUACAGAUGGAGACCCUUCUCAGAGCCCUCGUCAGAAGUCACAAUCGUAAAUAAAGUCUUCAGCCCGUUAUAUUGGCCGACCCCGGUCCACGACACCUCGUUUGCCUUUGCAUGGCUCAUUGAGAAUUUUCUGCCGCCAGCUCAAAACAGGCGCAACAUUUACAUUUACGGAUCAUACCUUGGCGCCAGCUUAGCCGCGUCCCUAGCUCUCACAGAGGCCCACGCACACGCGAGAUUCGGCGUCAGAGGCCUCAUUGCGUACAACGGGAUAUACAAUUGGACCAUGUUCCUCCCCGACCACCGUAUUAACAGGCCACCCAAAAGGUCCAAGACAACAACAGCUCCCCCAGGGCCCCAAGAAGGGUCGCAAUUACACAGGCUGCAAGAACAAAUGCCCGCCUUGUUUGACAUGCCGUCAAACCUAUUUGAUCCGUUUGCGAGCCCAAGCUUGUUCUUUCACAGUCCAGGCUUAAUUGUGCCGCAAUCAUUCUUCAUGACAGUAGAACAUUCAGCCCUCAUUGACAACAUGACGAGCGAUGAGGAAAUUACACCAAAACCCAUGAAAUCGCCAAGAAAAUCCCACCUAGUUUUCCCACCAAGGCAGUCGACGCUCAAAAUUCCCGAUACUCUUCUCUUGUUUGACUCGGCUCCACUGCCCAUCCCGAAGCUAUCUACCAAACCAAAGAGUGCACGACCAAGGAAACGUGCAAAGCCAAAAGGCCACAGUUUUGAGGCCCAGGCAGUAGAGUUGGCCGAAUUAAUGAGACGAAGUGUCAACGUUGUGGAAAUGAAGGAGCGGAGUAUUGCAGAGCGUGGUGAUGCAACCAGCACGAGGCCUGCCAAAUAA